AGAAAGAGAGAGAGAGAGCGAGGGAGAUGCAGAGAUGCCACCGCCAUUCAAGGUGUUCGCAUGUUUUCCAUGUCGCCAACCUCCGCUUCUUCGCUCUUGAUUUCCGUGGACUGAUGGUUCACGAAACACGGUGGUGACUGAUGAGACGUGGUGACCGAUAUAACCUCUCUCUCUCUCUCUGGGGACCAAGCCAUCUGUGAGUAAGCCUUUACUUCGCGGUUUGGUCGCCUGCGAAGCGUCGUGAGGGAAGGGGAAGCGAAGGGGGUGGAGGGGAAAGAACGAACAAUGGCGGAGAACACGGAGGCGUUGCUGGAGAAGGACGAGAAGGCUCCGGCUCAGGUCGAGGCUCGGUACCGGGAGGGUUGUCCGGGAUGCAACAUCGAUCGGCUCAAGGAGACGAACCGCGGCGUGCCUUACAAGCUUUUCUUCUACGUCUGGAUCAUCGUCCUCUGCGCAGCUUUGCCCAUAUCGUCUCUUUUCCCUUUCCUGUAUUUCAUGAUAAGGGACUUCAAAAUAGCCAAGAGAGAAGAAGAUAUUGGCUUCUAUGCUGGAUAUGUAGGUUCUGCUUUUAUGUUUGGAAGAGCAUUGACUUCUGUACUCUGGGGAAUGAUAGCAGAUAGAUAUGGCCGAAAGCCCGUGAUACUAUUCGGUACAGUUACAGUGGUGGUUUUCAACACACUUUUUGGCCUCAGCACAAACUUCUGGAUGGCAGUCUCCACAAGGUUUCUCCUAGGAAGUUUGUGUGGCAUACUUGGCCCGAUGAGGGCAUACGCUUCAGAAGUUUGUCGUAAAGAGUAUCAAGCUUUGGCGAUGUCAAUUAUUAGCACAUCAUGGGGUAUUGGAUUGGUCAUUGGUCCGGCUAUUGGGGGUUAUUUUGCCCAGCCUGCAGAAAAAUUUCCUAAUGUGUUUCCCGAAAAAUCCAUUUUUGGGAGGUUUCCGUACCUUUUACCAUGUCUCUUGAUAUCAGUUUUUUCAUUGGGGGUGAUGGUUGUUGCUUGUUGGCUCCCGGAAACCCUUCAUAUGCAUGGUGAAAACAGCAAAGAAUGUGAUAUACCAUACGAGGCACUUGAGGCAGAGGAAAAUAAAACUUCGAAGGAAGAAUCACAACGAAAUGAGGGAAGUCAUCAGACGUCUUGGAGCCUUCUCAGAAAUUGGCCAUUAAUGUCAUCCAUAAUUGUCUGUUGUGUUUUCCAGCUUCAUGACAUGGCAUAUACAGAGAUAUUUUCACUAUGGGCUAUCAGUCCUUGGAAGUUUGGCGGAUUGAGCUAUUCAACAGCAGAUGUCGGUGAAGUUCUUGCUCUUUCGGGUUUUGGGCUCUUAUUAUUCCAGCUAUUUCUGUACGCACGAGUGGAAAGGAUUUGUGGACCGAUUGUAAUUUCUCAAGUUGGAGCUGUGUUGAGCAUAAUUCUGCUGUCAAGUUACCCCUUUAUAGCUAAUCUGACCGGCAUUUUUCUCACAAUACUGGUGGAUUCAGCAUCUAUUCUGAAGAAUGUGCUUGCGGUAUCCAUAACUACAGGCUUAUUCCUACUUCAAAACAGAGCUGUGCUUUUCUUGGGCACAAAAGCGUCAAAAUGCUUCUUUCCUGCCUGCCGAAGGACUAGCACUUUUUGGCAAUACCGUGUUCCAUUGCAGCCGUCAUGCACUGCAAAACAUAAAAACUAUACGGUAAUAGAUCAAUAUCCUGCAAAGUUAGACCUUUGCCUCUGUAAUGCGGCGUCGCAGCAUGGGCCCUUUUUUUUUUGCUUCGUGAUGCACAAAUACAAUCCAAGACAUAUAAGUGCAGUGUUGUCACUGUUUGCCACAUUGAUUCAUUCAUGUGAAAGCAGGCGGAAUUGCAGUUCCUGUAUCUGAGUAUCUUCAUUGCCUCCAUGAUUUUCAUCUACGUUCUUGCGGGCAGCGGUAACUUUUCAGUUUUGCGGCCUUGGUAUAUAUGUAAAGCCAAUGCCUCGUUCGUGGUAUAUAUGCAAAGCUUAUAUGCAAGCGGAAGGUGCUUAGAGUUUGAGUAGCCGUCAGGCCUUCGAUCUUUUUCUUUUCCCUCAUGUCUGUGCUGUAUGGUGAACAUUCCGGUCUCCAAGGAACUGCGUCCUUCAUUGUUCAUAUCAGUAGCAUACAAUGGGGGAGAUAGGAAUCAGAAAAGUUUGUGAAUCUUGGUGUAACUUUGGGGUUAUAAUUUUUCUUCUCUUGGGAGGCAUUCAUUAUUUGGCUCCUUUUGUCUACGAGGUUACGAAUUUGAUUCACGCUGCGAGAGAACCUUCGUGCUA